UUAUAGGUGAUAGCUUUCCGAAAUUAGAUCCGAAGAAGCAUCGUAACCUCAUAGAUACCUUUGAAGGCAAAACCCAAAAAGAGGUUAAGACCCAUGUUAUCAGAUGCUCGGUUACAACAGAAGUAGAAAAGGAGGAGUUUCGGCGCUACUUCAUAAUGUUUGUCAUGAAGGCCUUUCUCUUUGCUUCCAGUAAUAAGUAUAUUACCAAUUCAUUCAUCCCGGGCGUGAUAGAUGUGCGUAAUCCAAUGAGAUUUUUUUGGGGUAGACACAUCUAUGACUGUGUUAAGGAGGGCUUAAGGAAAUAUAAGGAAGAUGGCAUAAGGACUAUUGAUGGAUGCAUGUUUGCUCUCUUGAUACUUUACUUGCAUACGAACAAACACGGGGAUCUUAGGGGAUAUUCUGGUGGCGGUGAACCAUGGACUAAAGAAUGGACUGUUGCUGAGCUUAGAGAAGCAGUAAUGGAAGAACAAGUUCGGGAAUCGGUAUAGAUACAUAUGUACAUGUAUUUAAUUUUUUUACUAUGAACCUAGGCUUGAGAAUUAAUUAAUAUAUGUAAUAGGGUCUAAUUCGGAAGAUUGAUGAAUUACGAAAAUCCGAGAGGGAAAAGGGCAACGUCGAUGAACCACAAAAGAGAACACGUGAUAAGCGACGGGGUGCACAAGUUAGACCUCGAACUAAGGAGCGAACAAGAAAAAGGCCGAAAAAAAUUGUUGCCGAGUCAGAUGAGGAAGAAUUUCUCACUGAGACUGACGUUAGCGAUAAAGAAUUAUGUCAUGAAGAGAACCCAGGCUCAACAUCCUCAGAUAAAAUUAAUGUUCCCUUGUCUCGAUAUCGAGUGUUGAGUGGCACAAAAAACCGGCAGGAAAGGCAAGUUUAAAUGACAUUUUUCUUUAAAAUCGUAUUUAUAUUCCUUCUUUUUGUGGCUAGAUUUGUAUGAGUGCAAUUAUUCAUUAUAUUAUCUAAUAAUUGAAUGAAUUGGUGUGUAUAGUCUUGAUCUCCAAGAAGUUUUCGAUGCUAGAAUUGAAAAGUAAGUGCAUUUACUAAUUAUUGAUGUUAGAAUUUACCUAUAUGAUAUGUACACUAGU